CUGUUUGAACUUCUCUCUGAUCAGGAUAUGGAUGCUAUGGAUGCUGAGGAUGAAGUUCCUGUCUCAACUUCAGAACCUUCAACUCUAGUUGAUGAUAAUUCAACUGUGGUUAAUGCUAUAGGUGCAGUUAAUCUUCAACCAGUUCCAGCUGUCAUUCCACCAGUUGUUCCAAUGGUUAUCCUUCCUCCUGUCGUGCCUGCAAUUGCUCCAAGGCUUGCAGUUCCUACCCCUAUUCCUCCCCCAUUAGCUCCGUUGCCUGUUCGUCCACCUGUCCUUAGGCCUCCGGUAGCUCAGAAUGGAGAAAUGCAAGAGAGUGAUUCAGAUUCAGACCUUGAAGAAAUGGUAUCCGGUCGUGGUGCUGGGGGCUCCACGCAAGAAUAUGAGAUCUCUGAGGAGAGUAGAAUUGUCCGAGAGAGGCAGGAAAAGGCCCUGCAGGAGCUUCUCAUGAAGAGACGUGCUGCUGCGCUAGCAGUUCCUACAAAUGAUAUGGCCGUUCGAGUUCGACUGCGAAGGCUUGGCGAGCCCAUAACUCUCUUUGGAGAAAGGGAGAUGGAAAGAAGGGAUCGACUGCGGAUGCUUAUGGCAAGGCUUGAUGCAGAAGGGCAGCUGGAAAAGCUGAUGAAAGCUCAUGAGGAUGAAGAAGCUGCAGCUUCUGCUGCACCAGCAGAGGAGGAGGAUAUUCAAUACCCUUUUUACACAGAAGGAUCAAAAGCACUUUUAGAUGCUAGGGUAGAAAUCGCAAAGUAUUCUUUAGUUAAGUCGGCUUUACGUCUCCAUCGUGCAAGGAGGAAAAGGGAUGAUCCAGAUGAAGAUGUGGAUGCUGAGGUUGAUUGGGCUUUAAAGCAAGCAGGGAGCCUGGCCCUUGAUUGCAGUGAAAUUGGAGACGAUCGACCCCUUUUUGGAUGCUCGCUUUCACAUGAUGGAAAGAUGCUUGCGACCUGUUCUCUGAGUGGUAUAGCAAAAAUAUGGAGUAUGCCUCAAGUGCAAAAGGUUUCCACUCUAAAAGGUCACACUGAACGAGCUACUGAUGUUGUGUUCUCUCCGACAAGCAAUUAUUUAGCUACUGCAUCUGCUGACAAGACCGCAAGGUUAUGGAACUCAGAAGGUUCUCUCCUCAGAACUUUUGAGGGACAUUUGGACCGUCUAGCUCGGAUUGCUUUUCAUCCUUCCGGAAAAUACUUGGGCACAGCUAGCUUCGACAAAACUUGGAGAUUAUGGAAUGUGGAGAGUGGUGAAGAGCUGCUUUUGCAAGAAGGUCACAGUAGGAGUGUUUAUGGAUUGUCUUUUCACCAUGAUGGUUCAUUAGUGGCAACAUGCGGGUUGGAUGCACUUGUUCGAGUGUGGGAUUUAAGGACUGGGCGAAGUAUUCUUGCUCUAGAAGGCCACGUUAAACCGGUUCUUGGUGUCAGUUUUUCACCGAAUGGUUAUCAUCUGGCUAGUGGGGGUGAAGAUAAUACCUGUCGUAUUUGGGACUUAAGGAAGAGAAGAUCUUCUUACAUCAUACCAGCUCACUCCAAUCUUAUCUCUCAAGUUAAGUUUGAGCCUCAGGAGGGGUACUUUUUGGCUACAGCUUCCUAUGAUAUGACUGCUAAGGUAUGGUCAUCAAGGGAUUUCAAGCCUGUAAAAACACUCUCUGGUCAUGAAGCAAAAAUCAUGUCAUUGGAUGUUGCGGCAGAUGGACAAUUCAUUACAACCGUGUCUUAUGAUCGAACAAUCAAGCUGUGGUCAAGCAAAAACAUUGAGAAGGAAGAGAAAAUGGAUAUGGACUAGAUUUUCACCUUGCUAAGUUUGUAGGAGUCUUACCAUUUUCAGAGAUCAUCAAGAAGAGUUGAGUAUGUUGAUUUAUGUGUUACGAAUCUCUGUAGAAAAUUGAAGCACAUAGGCCCUUUGCUCGUUUUGUAUUUUGUAAAGCCUUUGUCAACCAAUGAAGUAGUGACAUCCUCUACUGUUCAAGAAGGACCCAAGGGUUUCGGUUGUUUGCUGAUCCGUGAGUUGGGUUUAGAACACCACGAGACAGUUCUUGUACUGCAAUUGUUUUACACAAUGCCCUGACAAAUUAUCUCUAACUCUGAUUAAGGUUCAUGGAUAUGCUAAUGUAAUUGUAAGCAAUUGCGGUGUGCAGAUUUUCAGUGCAUUUCCGAGACCACUCUUGUAUUGAAUGAUUCAACAAGAUGGAGAAAUUAAACAACAUUCUGAGAAAUUUUUACUAUUUC